CUCGGCUUAUACUAUAAUUCACCAGAGCCAGCAAUAAUUUAUAUUAAAUAUAGCUUUACCUUUAACCCUAUGCACGUGCCGUAUCACCUAGGCGAUAGGCAUUAUAUACCUAAGUCGGCCUGCCAUAGUCUAAAGCCUCUAACUUACUCUCUAAAUCUUCUAAACCCAGAG